AUGCGCUCCUCCCAUCACAAGGACGAGAGAGACGUCGCCGCCGACAUCGGUAUCGUCGAGGAUGGCGUCGUAUGCUUCUGUCGACGAGCUAGCUCGUCAGACGCGCGCGUCACCGAUCCCGACCGAGCACCGAGCCGCGCGAGCCCACCAAAGCUCGCAUGCUGCCAAGCCCCAACUACCAGCGCCCCUACCGCCGACCACGACCUCGACGGCGCUAUGACUCGACAUUUCGUGCCCUUGCAAACUCGCUCGUUCGUCUUGAUCGUUUGUUCGCAUCUCGAAGGGCUUGACCUCGACAUCGGAGCGCGCUCGCUCGUGAUUCGCGUCGGGGAAACUUGGGCAGGCAAGUACGUCCCGAAGUUCGUUCGUGGUUAUCCGUUAUCCGUUGAAGGCUAUCCUCGACCGCCCAAGACAUCUCGAGCGAUUGACCACUCGAGGAAACUCGGGCAGGAAAGCCCCAAGGCGCCCCGACGUUCCUUUGUCCAGGCCGGGGACCUUGGCGGAGUGACUUCCUCGACCGAGCCGGAACGUCUCGAGCAAUCGACUACUUGA